AUGACCUAUUGCUUGUGUUUGCUGACCUCACUCAUCACCAUUAGCUGCUGUGACAAUAAAUCCCCCAUAAUCCUACACAACUGGACUUUGGUGAGGACCAGACCUGGUGCCCCCUCCGCUCCUCAGGGGGCGCAAAAAGAACCAAAACAGCGGCGGCGGUGGAAGCAACAGCAUCUCCCCGGCCUCUCACGCUCUGCGCCCGGACACAAGGAGCUCCUCCACAUGGAGUCUUCGGACGACGACACCCUGAGUGAGCGCUCCUGUGUGAGUGAGCCGUCCUUCAGGAGCGAGCGUUCGGGUGGCUCCCUGUCCCCCUGUGUCUCUGGAUACCUGGGACCCCCCGGAGACACGCUGCCCUGGAACCUGUCCAAACACGAGCGCCGCAAGAGGAAGAGCCAGGACUCGGUGCUGGACCCGGCAGAGAGGGCCGUGGUGCGAGUGGCAGCGCUGAAGCGUUUCUGGGGUCUGGACGUCGCUAGCAUCACGAGAGUUUGA